AUACUUCUGCACUAAAGGAUGUCUGAGAUGGAAGAGAACAAGACUGAGAAGGAGGGAGCUUUUGUCAACAUGGAUGAAGAGCUGAAAGACAAUGCAGGUCAAGAACUUUCCCCAAGGCGAAAUAUUAGUGGCCGAGAGUUUUUCCUGUGGGAAGAAGUGAGAGUCCAGGACUUUUACCACGAGCAAGAAGAAAUGACAUUCCAGUAUGAGGUAGGUGUGACAGUCCAGCAAGAGAUGUACCACUGGGAAGAAAUCAUGGAAGUCCACUACCUAUGGCAUGAAGAUGAUGACAGAUACCGUGAGUACUCCCAGUGGGAAGAAGAUCCAGCAUACCAAGAGCUGUGCCAGCAGGAAGGGGAGGGAUACCAGGAUCUGUCUCUUUUGCAAGAUGUGCAAGGUCAUCCACAGAUGUGCCAGUUAGAAGUGGACAAGAGAGACCUAGAGUUAUCCCAAGAAAAAGGCUACAGCAUUGAAGAUCUGCCCCAAUGGGAAAAAAACAAGAGUGACCAAAACCAGUCCCAACAGGAAGAAAGUAUGAGCAGCCAGAGGCUGUCCCAGUGGGGAGAAGGAGACAGAUACAAGACCUGGAACAAACCAUUGGACACAGAGAACCAUGAGGAUGCCCAGACUUGUGCCCAGCAGAGGCCCAGCUUUUCCAGCAGCAUAGGCAGUAAGGUGUCAGGAGAGGCAGUCCAUGAGCUUCCCAGCACUUCUCCUGCCCUGGGAAGUCCCAUGGAGGCUGAGCCUCUGGCUGCCAGGGAGGAAAAAGCACCAGAUUCUCCUGUAGACAGUGAUGAGGUGCUGUUGUCAGGGACAGAGAGCCCAGAGACAGAGACAGACAGCCCAGAGAGCCCAGGAACAGAGAGCCCUGCCUCACACACCACCCCAGGGUGCUGCCAGGCUCUGCUGGACUUAACAGGGCACAUCAGCUCUGAGGUGGUGUGCAAGGCUGUGCUUGAGGUCCAGGCAACUGGCCAGCAGCCAGAGGAACAGAGGGACCUGGAGCAAAGCAUAGCUGCAGAACUGGAAGCAGCAGCUCCAGCAGAAAGGAAAGAGAGACUAAUCUCUGCCCCACUCAGCCCCUCAACCAGUCCCUCAACCAGCCACUCAACCAUCCUGCUGGGAGCCCAGGCACUCAGGGACCAGCAGGAGGAGGCAGACAGGGGGUCAGGCCUGUCAGAACAGGAGAGCAAGAAGGGCACCUUGGCUGGGGAGCUUGAGCUUUUCCAGUAUGAUGAUAAGGAAGACCCAGAGCUCUCCCAUCAAAAAAUGAACAAAUACCAAGAAGUAUCCCAAGAGGAAGCCUGCACAAAGCAAGAGCUGUCCCCAGGAGAAGCUGGUAGCUACCAGGAAUUGUCCCCAGGGGAACUCUGCACAGAGCAAGAGCUGUCCCCAGGAGAAGUAGGUAGCUACCAGGAAUUGUCACCAGGGGAAGCCUUCACGGAGCAAGAGCUGUCCCCAGGAGAAGUAGGUAGCUACCAGGAAUUGUCCCCAGGGGAAGCCUUCUUGGAGCAAGAGCUGUCCCCAGGAGAAGUAGGUAGCUACCAGGAAUUGUCCCCAGGGGAAGCCUUCUUGGAGCAAGAGCUGUCCCCAGGAGAAGUAGGUAGCUACCAGGAAUUGUCCCCAGGGGAAGCCUUCUUGGAGCAAGAGCUGUCCCCAGGAGAAGUAGGUAGCUACCAGGAAUUGUCCCCAGGGGAAGCCUUCUUGGAGCAAGAGCUGUCCCCAGGAGAAGUAGGUAGCUACCAGGAAUUGUCCCCAGGGGAACCCUGCACAGAGCAAGAGCUGUCCCCAGGAGAAGUUGGUAGCAACCAUGAAUUGUCCCAAGGGGAAGACUGCACAGAACAAGAGUUGUACCUAGAAGAAUCCAGGAGCUACCUAGAAUUUUCUGACUGGGAUGAAUGCAUGGAGAAAGAGCUUUCCCAGGAAGUUGGUAGUUCCCAAAAACUGUCUAACUGCAAAGAAUGCAGCGGGCAAGAGCUAUCCCCCGAAGUCAGUAGCUACCAAGAACUCUCUGACUGGGAAGAGUCCAUUGGACAAGAACUUUCUGAAGAGGAAGCUUCCAUCGGCCAGAAGGUGUUCAAAGGGAAUAUUAACAGACCUUCCAUGCAGUCCAGCUGGAAAAAUGACAGCGAUAAAGAGCUGAUGCAGGACAGCUGUGAAUACAUGAGUGUUCACAGCACUAGCGUCAAGCUCUCGUUGCAGAAGGAGGACGAGUGGGACGAUCUGAGUGUCCUUGAGCUAUCUGGAGAAGACACAGACAAAAGACUGGGAUGCUUUGUAGAGGAUGGGCUCCCAGCGCCUGUCUCUCAGGAGGCUUGUGUUGAGCCAUGCCCCCAAGUGCCACUUGGUGCCUUGCCUCCCCACGUGAAAGCCCAAGCUCCCAGAGGACCAGCAGUUCCUCCUGCCUUCAAGAAGCAGGUGCCAGAGGCAGGUCCUGCCCAGUACAGCUAUCCCAGCUGCUCCGGUCCCUGGCUGGGAGCCCGAGCCCAAGCCUUCAGGUGGCAGCCAGCUCCCCACAAGAAACAUCACAGACCAGCGCUCUGGGGGCUGUUCAGACAGGUCUGUUGCCCCUGCCUGGCACCGCACCCUGAGGAUUAGGGUGAUGCCACCUGGGCCCCAUAGAUGGCGGCUGACAUGCAGCCUGCCCCACAUCCUGAAGGAGCCACACAGGCUGCUGCUGCAUCCAAAGACAUAGAAGGGAAUGCUGAGGCAGGGAUACCCUGGGAAGAGCCACGCCUUUAAAUUAGGGUGACACAAAUAAAUGUUCUCCCACAGUUCCUUGUGCCUUUGUGCUAAUAAUCCAAGUUACAUCAUCCCUUUUCCCUCCCCCAGUUCUAGAAUGUUCCUCACUUCCUCUUUCUGUAUUGGUCGUCAUUCCUUACAGCUUCUCCCCUGAAUCCUGGUUGGUUGUUACCCUCUAACCCUGCCCCUGUACCGCCCCUAUUCCCUCAAUCCAUUGGCCCUCAGACCUGAUCCUCCACCUCCCUAGUCCUGUAUAUGAUCCUGGACCCUCCUUUGUUCUUGGUUCUUUGUCCCUGGCUCCCUUCGGUGUGCUGCUAAUUAAGGCCACUGGAAUACCAUACAAGGAACCCCUCCUGUAUGCUUUUCUCUCUGUCGACCUUUGUGUAACAAAGCAUGGUGCGAGUGUCUGGUGUGCAGAAAUAACCCUUCUCAAAGAGGACACUCUCAGGAAGGCAGUAGUUUAAGCAGCUCCUGCCGUGCUGCCGCAGGUGGCAGCCAGCUCCCCACAAGAAACGUCCAUCCUGUCUCAGACAGGUGCUGUGGGCGCUGUGCAGCCUGUUCUGCUGCCCCUGCCUGGCACCACAGCCUGAGGAUUAGGGCCUGCUGCUGGCUCCAGCCCGGGCCCCACAAGUGGUGGCUGGCGCACAGCCUGCCCCGCGUCCUGAGGGAGCCUUUGCCUGGACAUGGCCCUGCAGCUUCAGCAGUGCCUGGGUGCUUUGGAGCAUCCCAAGUGGGUGCUCCAAAGACCAAAUAUUACUGAUGCAGCCAGCCUCAAACCAGCACUUUUGGAGGACAUUUGGUGGCAGGUGGCUCAGCGGUGAAUCACAGAGAAUCACCAAGGUGGGAAGAGACCUUGAAAGUCAUCCAGUCUCACUGUCACUCUGACACCAUCAUCAUCACCCUGAAACCAUGUCCCCAAGUGCCACAUCUGGACAACACUUGAACGCUUCCAGAAAUAGUGACUCUACCACCUCCCUGAGCAUCUUCUUCCAAUGCCUGACAACUCUCUCAGGGAAAAUUUCUGAUACCUAAUCUGAACCUUUCCUGGUGGAACCUUCCCUGGAGGAAUCUUCCCUGGAGGAAACCUCACAUCUUGAAAGGAUUACCUGCUGAUCCUUUGGGUUUUUAUGCUUGAGGAAUGGGUAAAGACAGGAGGUAUUGCUCCCAGGGUCUCAGUGCACACUGCAGGAUUGUAACACACACAGCUAAUUCAAAACAAAUUAUGAAAGGUGGGUUUAAGAAAUAGUAGUAGUAAAAAAAGAAAACCCACACACAAAAAAAACCAGAGAAAGAAUAAGAAUAGUAAAAAUUAUAAAAUAAGAUUAAGAAUAUGAAGAAUUGGUAGUACUAAAUAAUAAUAAUAGUAACAGUAACAGUAAU